CUCCUCGUGCUCCAAUCGAUGUCUCGCACCCACCAACAAAGCAAGUGCGUGUGUGUGCCUCUACUUUGACUUGACCUCCUCCCACCUCCCGCCGCUUCCCGCUUGUGCAGUUGAUUUCGCUCCUUCAUCGUUCUUUGCAACCCCAGACGAUCGCAUCAAUUUCUCCAUCGACGGCCAAUACCGCCACGCAUCGAUUUGAACCGAAUCGAAUCCCGAGAGAGAAGAAGCCCGGCUUUUCUUUCUCGUAUUUUCUUGUUCGAUUCAAUCGCCCGGUCGAUUAUGUCUCCUUGCGCCUCCUAACCAGCCUUCCUUUUCAUCCGAGCUAGCCUCUGAACCUACACUCGUUUCUCACUCACCUCACUUCGACUAUCACGGACUCGAUUUUGGAUAUUCAUCGACUUAUUCUGCUCGUGCAUAUAUACAGGAAAUCGACUACGAAAAAAAAAAAAAAAAAAAAAAAAAACACAAUCUCUCCUUCUAUACCCUUCCAAGCCCUGUCGCAGAUCACCAUUCGAGUCAGCAUAUUGCCAAGCAUUGUUGAUAAUCCACAACAACUUUCUUCCUGACUGAUCAUCCGAAGCGAUCGGCGUAUCUCAACAGCCAAACAUCAUAUAUCAUCUCAUUAGCUCCAAAGUCUUCUAUACACAGACGUCACCAUGAUGGAGAGGUCAGGAUACCUCGUUGCCAGAAACCUGGAUGAGUUAAACCAUGCAUUCCAGCUUGUCCCUCGAAGCAAGGACUGUGUGAAAUGUGAUGAUGAUGCACAACUUGAAUGUCCAAAGUGUGCAGAUAACGAAGUCUGCCAGUUCACCGUCCCCCUCGACUGUACCAUGUGUGCUACAUCCUUCUGCGAAAAGGACUCGGACAAUUCCAACAAUAGCGGCGGCGGUGGUCCAAAUGUUGGCGCUAUCGUUGGUGGUGUUCUCGGUGGCAUCGUGGUCAUUGCUAUUGCUACCUACAUAGUAUGGAGAUUCUGUAUCAAGCCGAAGCGUUCGCAGAUUCCUACGUCUAUAUACAUCGAAGACACAGACGCCAUUCAGAAUGAGAAGGAUGCUGCCUCAAGAGGAACUCGCCCGCACUCUACACACACCGUCCACUCAAUCGCAUCAACAGUCCUCACACGAGCAUCAAACAUCAUACAGAUCGCAUAUAUCCCUGGCGUCACAAACCGAGCGACCCCGACAUCGCCAAACGUUCUUGUCCCUCCAGUCCCACCGAUCCCUAUGCACCAUGCCGAGGCCAACCGGGGCCUAGGACACGACGACCAGCAUUUCUUUGUUCCUGGCGAUCUCCGAGACUCUACUUACUCGGGGCUGUCAGGCUACUCGGACCGAACAUCAUACGCUCGCACCUCUUACGCACCUCGAUCCAGUGUGGCUUCUACGAUUUAUGGAAAGCAGGCUCAGGUGCUUACACCUGCCCAGACUGGAAUGCGAGCCAAGCCCACCGUUGUCAGUGUCAAGUCCGUUGGUAACAACAGCGGCGACAUGGUAGCACCUCCAGUCCCGACGAUUGACUUCGAGAAGUUUGGUGGCGGCAGGCCCAAGAGUGGUGCAAGUGCCUUCAGCGUCGGCUCAACGUUCCUCAACAGCGCCAACACUGCUACGCAGGCUCGUGCACAGGUGGUCAAAGUUGGAACAUUGAAGAAGGUCGACGUGGGAAGCAAGACAGAAUCAGACACAUCGUCAUCAACCAUGGCACCAUCACCGCCAACAACACCAAGCGGCCGCAUUACUAGAGAUUCAAGCAUUACCGUUAUUGAAGAGUCGCCCUCUGUAGACCAAGGUCCCUUCUCGGACCCCCCAGAGCGAUCUAGUCCACAAAAAUCAAACAAGGCCCCUAGCCUUGGUGCCGUUAUGGAAGAUUCAGUAGGCGAGGAUGACAAGCCUCUGACUCUUACGCGGCGAGACAGUAGUCCUUUUGGGGACAAGCACGCGACAAAAGAGUAACAGCUGCAUCACUCUACUCUGAUAUAGCGCAACUUCCUCACGAAUAUGUCACGAAUCUAGCCGAAUGUUGGUCAAGGGACAUGGACUAGAAUCUGUCUUUUAUUUAUUUUCUUUAUGUUAUAUUCACUUCACGUCAACUUUUAUUGGACAGACAAACACAGAAUUGUCACGGGAUAUGGCACCCUUUUUUAUGUUUAUAUUCAGGAUAGCGGAGAGGGACUUUGGUAACAGCUAUGGCGUCUUGGAAAGAGGGCCGUGGCAACGGCUUCAGGGAUGCCUGUAGGCUUCGGAAGUCUCUAUGUGAAUAUUGAAUAGAGAUGAUUCUAUAUGUUUGUGUACCCAUGAUGGAUGCCAUCCCUGAUGAGCCCUCAACCUGCUGCGACACCUGGAAUAUGCCCUGUAGUACCUUGUCAUGGGAGACAUCAAGGAUGCAGACAUUCAUCCCGUCGCCUGUCUCUGUUCACUGCGAAUGAUUGUAGAGACAGGAGCAUUGAUGCCUGCGCAGGAAUCAAGACACAAUGGGAACAUGCCGAGACUGGUUCUCAUUGUCACAUGGUGCCCCAUGCUCGGUAGCUUGGGUACCUUACUUAGUGAUAAUGAGAUCCAUAGUCUGCAAUCCAAGUAGGACCAGACCUGGGAUGAGAGGUAUUGUAGGUCAUUCGUUGAUUCUUUUCUUUCCCAGCACCCUGGACUUUCAGGUUUUGUCGGUACUAUUACGUUAAGUAUGGAUUUUGUCACACCUGACAUAUUUGAAAGCCGGCCUUUCCCCUCACAAUCUGGAGGCUAUUGCCCGAAGAUCGUCGUGCCUAGACUGUCGAUCUCGUGAGGUUAUCACCAUGACUCGGCCGAUAGACAGCGCUGCCUAUUGGUCACUGAAUUGAUCAUCUUUAUUGCAACCAUUACAUCGCAACUCGCUGAAGAGAAAACGCCAAUUCGAUUGACACCGUGGUCCAUAUCAAAUUUUGCAGGCUUCUCAAGGAUUAUACGAGGGGAAUAUUGGUCGCUUGGUGAAACGUGCUAGGGUGAAAGGGAGAGUUUCAUAGCGGAAUGGGUCUUUGGCGUAGUUGUUUUAAGUCCUUUUCGACAUGUUUAUUGGAGAAGAGUUUCGAAACAUCUGGUUCAACUGACUAGUUGACCUACGAUCUUUACCGUCAUUCUGUCGCGAAACAAUACCCUUGUGCAUGAAUGAAUACCUAUCACAUCUGGGUAGCCCUCCAGCCCAUAAACUUACAUCUUCAAGGCGAAUACAUCGUGUCCUUACCGUGACACAAUUG